AUGGCAUUGCCUCUCCCACCGGGGCUGACGCCCCCAGAAAUAGCGUUCCUUUGCGAAAUGGAGCUCGUUACUGUCAUACCGCGACAAAGACUCGAGGGACUGGAGCUUCUUGGUGGCCCCAUUAAACCCCUCGUCCCUCCGCACCGAACAGACAUCCCUCUGUGGCUAGCCCUACUCCUCAAGGGCCAGCGCCGCGCCAACAUACUUCCACCACCAUGGCUGAACACGCACUCUCUAAACGCCAUCCUCGAGCACGAGAUCGAAUACGCAGAAACGUUUUCCCCACCACCUCGACUGCCGCCACAGCCUUCAAACAACACGAUCCCUACCUCUCCACCCUUCCUACUCAACUCGACGGCGGGAGGAUCAGCGGACGCUCUACCAUACCACUGGCUCGAGUUAGGUGAAAUGCUGCUCGAGACAGCCUCAGACGACUUUGAGGAACCGGACAAUGUACGGAAACUGCUGCGAGGUCUGAGGGAAGUGCGCAUGGCCAAGCUCAGAAGCGGUGUAGACGUACUAGAUGCGGGCGGUGGAUUCAAGAUGAACGGUGUAGGAGGUAUGGAGGUAGGAGAGGGUAGGACAUUCAUUACCGGUGUCAUUGAUGGACUGAGGAAGAUCGCAGCUUCACGAGAGCAGCAACGAAAAGAUCGGGACAGAGAAGACCUGGAGAACGGUUACUCUGGUACAGCCGACUAUGAUGACGACGAAAUGGAUAUGCAGUGA